AGCUAGUGAGUGCAUGGGUCUAUCUUGGACCAGGGUCGUGGGCGGGAAUAUGGACAACUUGAUUGGAGACGAGAGCCGGACGUUGACGAGAUCCGACGGUUGAUUUGCUAGGUCGCAUUCGAGCAUCAUCAGAGACCGAGCCCCCGUUACAGACCGGACCAUUCUUCCUUAGUCUCUCACAGACCUUCUGCUAGGCCCCUGGAUUGGCCCCCAAACUCACGACUGCGGCAUCGAUGCGGCCCCCAAGAGUUGCAUCGCUAGCUGGUUAGUUGAGAUGAGAUAUGCACGCCGAACCCGCCCAAGCGCGUACGCAGCGACUCACCGGAUGCCGUCUCACACCAUCCCACGCUGCCAACGGGCUUCUUACACGCGCCGAGGAAAAAAAACAGCGGGCGCAAUCAUUCCCCCGCGGCGCCAAAGGCGACUUUGCAACCCCGUGGCCUCGCAGUUGGAGUGUUCGGAGCGUGGCCGGGCGGAGUUGUGGCGGAGUCCUGAUUUGGCAAUGCCCGGACAUGGAGCCCCGGAGCCGGUUCUGGUCCGUCGGGAUUGGGUGGGGCCCGCAAGGGGCUGUAUUACAUGGUGAUAUCACCGAUAGACUACGACGUUUCAGCCCUGGAAGGCGGUGUUGUGACGACAGGGAUGGAGUGAGGUUUUAGGGUGUCUAUCUGUGAGACUGUCUGUGGGUCUGUCUGUGAGUCUGUCUGUGAGUCUGUCUGUGAGUCUGUCUGUGAGUCCCUCU